AUGUCUUCGCGUGAGCUGUCUGACGAGGACAAGAAACAAAUCAUCACCCGCAACACAUACCACCGGCAUAUAGGCUAUACCUGGAAUGCCAAUCUCAAGGAGGACACAGUUUACAUGUCACCAGAGUUUUGCAAGACGUGGAAAAUCAAGAUCAGUCCCCUCUCGAUUGAGGAGGACUCUGAUUGCAAGCCCUUCUUCUUCGCACCUUUCACGGGCAAACUAGUCCCCAGAGUUCGGGAUGAUGGCGAAAAUGGAAUCAAGGACGGAGACAAAUAUGACCCUGAACUGGAACCCUCCCGAAAUUUGCGGAAUUUCACCGGCGUUAUUUACGACUUUGUAAUCGGCUGCCAUGAACCAGAUUACUUUGGAGAAACAAACCCUCCUCCAUUCUGGAUGCCCGACGAGGAUAUCGGAUGCCGGGAUACCAGUGAGGGCGUGGCUCAAUCCAACAAUAAACCUCCGUGGCAAACCAGAGGUUUCAUGAUUCCAGUGACAAAUCCAGAUCCAUGGCGUCGAUCCUUUAAGGGUCCGAAUAAACCGAAGCCACAUGUGAAGAUUCUUAUAGAGAGUCAGGCUACGGGGAAUAAACACCUUCUUCGGUCGGAAAUCAUGAUGAUCACGCAGAUCAUGGUUCGGCGGCUCCAUAAGAAAACACUACGUGACCACCUCAUCAUCCCUUUGAUGUUUUUUUCACUUACGAGCCCUUGGCAUCUCCGUGUCGUUGAAGCAUACUACGAUAGUGAAACACUGCACGUGUGUAUGACGAAGCUAUAUGACAUGCGAGAGGCGAACGAUGAGCUGUGUGAGGUCUUAUGUCGAUGGUGGUGGGGUCCUGCUGCUGGAAAUACUAAGGAACACAAUACUCCUCCUAUUUGA